AUGUCCCCGGCUGCCGAGGCUGUCAGACGUAAUCGACCUGGCACAAAACAAGAAGUAGAAUAUAUCCAACAACUCAUCAGAAAAGAUUUCCGAAACGUCGAUGAAAUUCUUUCAGCCCCUGAAGGACAAGACCAGGGUGUUUGGAAAUACGAACAUUUACGCCAGUUCUGCAUGGAGUUAAAUGGCCUCGCCAUACGCCUGCAAGAGCAGUGCACUCCAGACACCUGUGCUCAAAUGACCGCAACAGAACAGUGGAUUUUUCUGUGUGCUGCUCACAAAACACCAAAAGAGUGUCCGGCUAUUGAUUAUACCCGACAUACCUUGGAUGGUGCGGCGUGCCUCCUAAAUAGCAACAAAUAUUUCCCUAGCCGGGUUACCAUUAAAGAAUCGUCAAUUGCCAAGUUGGGUUCAGUUUGCAGGCGUGUUUAUCGAAUCUUCUCACAUGCCUACUACCACCAUCGAGCGAUUUUCGAUGAAUUUGAAGUAAGAAAGUCUCUUUUGCGCUUUGCUGGCCUCUACAUUUACUUUAUCUCUGCAUACCGAGCCCCACAGAGCAAUUUACCGCUUGACGCUAGUGAGAAGACCGCCCUCUGUCAUCGUUUCACAUCCUUCGUUUUGAAGUACAGUUUGAUGAACAAGGAGAAUCUUCUCGUCCCUAUUGCCGGCUCUACUGUUGAGGAUUGUAGUGCAGCAACAGCGGCGCCACCGACCAGCGGUGCCACCGACGUUGAAGUUUGA